UCCAGACUUAUUUUUUUGCGUUUAUGUAUGUUUUAAACUACAUCAUGCAGAUACUGUGUUGCAUGAACUUUUCUACAGCCUGCCUAGUUCACACGCUAAUUUUUUAAAAUAAGAUUUAAAAUUCAAUGAUAGCGACUUUGAGGCCUUUUAUGGAAUAUUCACUGUGUUCAGAAAACCAUAAUUCUUAAAAUGAUGGUGCUGAAAGCAUUCCUUCCCUGUAACUAUGAAGAUAUGUUAUGAUGUAAGAAAUUAAUGUGUGGCUUAAGGCGAAGUUAGGCUUUGCUUGUUUGAACCUUGGGAGAAGGCGCCUAGCCUGGGUUGAAGGUAUGGGAAAUCUGCAGAGUUCUUACUGAUGCAGUGGUUUGAUUACAGGUUUAAUUCUGUUCCGUCGUUUUGCUGUGUUCCAGGUGCUGACCAGCUGUUCAAGUUGCCAGCAAUAAGAUUUACCCAGUCACAGGAAGUCGAGCUGGGUCAUCAUGGCAGAAGGUGGAUUCGAUCCCUGUGAAUGUGUCUGCUCCCAUGAACAUGCAAUGAGAAGGCUGAUCAAUCUGCUGCGGCAGUCUCAGUCCUACUGCACAGAUACCGAGUGUCUCCAGGAAUUGCCAGGACCCGCUGGUGAGGAUGGCGUCAGUGUCACGGUGAUCCUGAUGGCCUGGGUGCUAAUUGCAGUCAUCCUGUUCUUACUGCGACCUCCUAAUCUGAGAGGAUCCAACUUACUUGGAAAGCCAACCAGUCCUCACCAUGGACAAGAUCCACCAGCUCCUCCUGUGGAUUAACUUUGUGAUACGGGAAGUGAAAAUAGCUAACACCUUGCACGACCAGAUGAACCAAGAUGACCAGAGUACUCUUAACCCCAUUAGAACUGUUUUUCCUUUUGCAUCAGCAAUAUGGGAUGGUAUUGUUUUCAUCAGCUUCUGAAAUUUCACCUGCAAACUUAUUUUUGCUUCCUGUAUUAUCACCAAUCCUAUCGACAGUAUAUUUGAGUAAAUGAUUAUAUUAAAGAGAUACAUGGGGCUUUUUGGUUGUCCUAAACUUAAAGCAUUCCAUUCGUUCUGUUGGUAACUGUGAUAAUAAUUUAUGAUUUAUGGCCUGAUUGAAGGAAAUUUGAGGUAUCUGCAUUUAAAUAUUUUAAAUGAUUUUGAUAGGUUUUUAAUUUUUCAUAGGUAUUUAUAAAGUUAUUUGGCGUUAUCCGGGGCUGUAUGAAAAGGAAUUAGAACCACACUGUAUUUCCAUUUAACUUACUGGUUUAUUUGUGGGUGAUUGGUUUCUCCAGUAUUUGGGAUUGUAGUAGCUCUUGAAAUAUUCUACAAAUUACAGCUAAAAUCUAUAUCACCCAUUAGAACUCGCAUAUGUGGCUAUAGUAUGAGAAGGAAAGAAGUCAAAUGGUUGUUUAUUGGUUUUCUCCCCCAUUAAAUAAGUGUCUAAUGUUAAGAAAACUUUAAAUAAACAUGAUUGAUCAAUAUGGUGGGUGACUUACAGUCCAUUGUGUGACUUUCGGAAGCCACAGUACACUAGCCUUACAGGAGUCACAAAAGGAGAAAAAAUGUCAUUCUUUCUACCUUUGCUGGCUAUAAUAAUUUAUGGUAUAAUUUAUUUUUAAAAUGAGUGCCUCUCAGGAAGCUGCUUUUUGUCCUAACACAUGUUAAAUGAAAUGACCUUCAAUUUGUAUUGGGGACUGGUAGGUUAUUAACAUUUGAAUGUCUCUUUUGUUUCCAGAAGAAAAUUUUUGUGCCCUGUUAUCCCUCCAAUUUAGAAACAUUUUUAAUGAAAUAUUACUUUAUUCCAAGGAAAAACAUGGACAAUGAGGAUCAAUCAAGGGUCUUUUUUUCCCCCCUCUUAUCUCAUUCCUGUUUGAUGAUGGUAUGGCCUGGGGUAGAAAGGAGCAUUAAUGGAAGUGAAAUUUUGCAGUGUGUGUGAGAAGUAAAAGGUUGCAUUGUCUUGCUCAUUUUGACAGAAAAGCAAACACAAGUGGCAUUUCAAAAUACCUGUGUGACCCAUGUUGCUAUGAAACUCUUUCCCUUGCACUUGAUUUCAGAUGACUUACAGGGGCUGGAAGACACAUUAAUAUUAAUGUAAGGAUUCCUCACGUGUACGCCCCCUAACCUCAGUUUAGCUUCAAGAAAGUAUCUGGGUGACUUGAGCAAACCUCUCUCCAUCGCUGUAGUAUGUAAUACUCUGAAACAAUCAUGUGACUUUCCCCCUCAUUGUUAGUACACUCUGGCCAUUUCAUUAUGUGAUCCAACACUGACCACGUGCAUCCUCCUUGUGAUCUUGGCUUUGUGCUCUACUUGUGGAGAUAAUAUAAGCAACUCUGAGUUGUGCUAAUAGAGUGGUGACCUGAUACAGGUAAGUUAAAUUCUAGACAGAUGAAUACCACAAUUUUUUUCCCCUUGCUGGGGCCUGCUAGAAGUCUUCCCAGUUCUUUUGCUGGUGAAGUAGUUAAAACAGAAAGGGCUGGAAUAGUUAAGUCAAAGGUUGGGGCAAAAUCCCCCUAGCCUUGGUUUUUCUGCCCUUUGCCCCUUGGGUUUUAAAGGCUUGCACAAGUGUCCUAACUGUCUGUUCUUGAACGUAUUAGAAAAGCAAUUCCUGGCAGAGAAGUCACUGAAUCUGACUGCUAAACAAUGGAGAAUUAGACAAAACAUGGAUACAGAGUAUCUAGUAUUAGAGACCUAAAAAUGUAGAUUUUUAUUCAUAGUUCUUCAUUUCUAUCACAUGCAUUUAAUUGACAUUACAUCUAAAUAUAAUAGACUUUUCCAAUAUGAACCAUCGAUUUAGAUAGUAAUAAAAUGUUUAGUCUUGCUGUUUUUGCUAAUGAAGUUUCUCUGCAUUCUUGAAAAGGACAGUGUGCUGCACCUAAAGAACUCUCGUGAACCUAACUAGUCAUUUAUAUCCGUAAUGCCUACAGCUUCUACAUGUGGCCUUUUCAUUGAGCACAUUCUUAAAUAAUUACAUGGCUUAUAAACAUUCAUCUGAACUAUGGCUAUACUUUUCAAAUAUAUAUAGUAAUAAGAUAAACCCGACAUUUUUAUCACGUUUUGCUCUUUUAACAAUUCACAAAUGCCAAUAGGGUUUAUUUUAUAUUCAUUUAUUAUCCUUUUGUGUAAGAUAAUGGUCUUUUGUUUCCUUCCAUAUGGAAGAGGUGAACAUUGGAACUGUGUAUAGUGAAAGAUUGUAUGUAUCCAUCCAAGCACUAUCAGACUGUCAGCAAGUCACAUUGUGUUACUUGUAGCCAUUUUCCAGAGCAACUGUUGGCAUGGCUAUUCCGUAGCUACUUUUGGUAUCAUUGUGAGAUGACAGUGUCUUUGGAUUACUGAUAGCCUACAUUUGUAAAGGAAUCUUAAAAAUCUGUCACUCGACGUGCUUAAAUUUGACCAGAUAAGUUUAAGACACAGAGCAGCAGUUUAAAGAAAGGAAAAUGAAGACAGUUUACAAUUAAUGGGUUAAAUUGUGUUGGCAAUAAGAGGGUUUUGGUCUUUUUAUAAUAUUUCUAAAUGAAAAAUUAUGUUUUUGUUAUGUCUGAUGAUUCCUUUGUCAAAAGCAAAAGUGGUCAUGUGAUAGACUGAAAUGUUAAUUGCUGUUUUUAGAUGUCGAAAAUCCUGUCUGUGCCAUUCGAGGUUUAUUGUUAAGCUUUUAAUGAGCGCUUGGAUUGGGGUAAAGGGCUUGUACUAUGCACUUUUUAUUAAUUAAUAAAUAGAAGAUGUUAGUAA